UCUCGUAAUUUUGCAGAGCUGGUUUUCGGAGUGUAAAUUUGUCAUCGUGCCACCGAUUCUUAAGCAUAAUCGGUGUGAUUGUGACUGGUUUUCGACCACAAACUUCCACGCAUCGAAGAAACUGCGGAAAAAUACAGAUCGCCAACGAUGAUUCGCUUCAUUCUGAUACAGAACCGGGCGGGCAAAACUCGGCUCGCGAAGUGGUACAUGAAUUUCGACGAUGACGAAAAGCAGAAGCUAAUCGAGGAAGUGCACGCCGUCGUAACGGUGCGCGACGCGAAACACACGAACUUUGUCGAGUUCCGAAACUUCAAGAUCGUGUACCGCCGGUACGCGGGCCUCUACUUUUGUAUCUGCGUCGACGUGAACGACAACAACCUGUGCUACCUGGAGGCGAUCCACAACUUUGUCGAGGUGCUGAACGAAUACUUCCACAACGUGUGCGAACUGGAUCUGGUGUUCAACUUCUACAAAGUGUACACCGUGGUGGACGAGAUGUUUUUGGCCGGAGAAAUCCGCGAAACGUCGCAGACGAAAGUUCUCAAACAGUUGCUAACGCUCAACUCGUUAGAAUAAGCACCGGACGGUGGUCGAACGAACGUGCAUAGAUAUUAACACUGUUCGUCGUUGCUUCUCCUCGUUUGCCUCUUCUGUUCCGCGUUCACAAAUAUGGUGUGCCACAGUGCGGAUGGCCACACUGGAGGAUAACAAACCGCUGCCCGCCGCUAGGCACAAACAGUAAUAGAUUAAAUCAUUCCAAAAUCGGCGGUUGAUGAGGUGGUCAAACGUCUGGAGCCUUGGUAUGCCAUAUUUUACGGACCUCCGGCCAGCCUGUGUUUUCCGUGUCUCCGGCGUUGCUUCCUGUGCCGUGGAACGUGGAAAGUGUGUUUUCGUUGGUCCCAAAACAAGCUACAAAGUGGCCGAAUAAGCAAUCUACUCACAAUCGCUUCGUUUGAACAACACACCUAAGUAAAAUCAUACACGCCCGUUGACGAAAGGCGGGCCACCAACGUGGCCUAGGGGAGCAGUUAUCCAUUACAGCAUCCACGCCAGUAUCGUUUGUGUAGAGACAUCCCUGUUUUUGUACAUCCUACAGCACGCGACACUCUGAUGGGCGCGUCAACUCACCAAAUGAAAUCGUUUAAAUUAAUCGGAAAAAGGGAAAACAUAAGCAUAACAAACGUAAAGAAACGUUAUAGUAAUAUUACUAUACUAUACUAUAAUAUAAUAUAUGUAUUAUUGAAUGAUCUGUUUUGCGUAGAAAUCGAAUAAAACGGAGUAAGACCA